GGCCGGGCGGUGGCUUAAGCGUUUUCUUGGGUAUGAGAGUCCGAGGAUAGGAAUUCAAUCGGGAUGGGAUUGCUUUUUCCUGAAACCCCAAAAGUCCCCCUUUGUUGAGGAGAAUCCCAAAGGACUAGAGCCACUGUGCUUUAUCCCAGAGGGCAGACCAAGGAAGAAGAGGUAGAAGCAGUGAGAGGGUUAAUUCUGGCUCCUUGACUGCCCCAGGAGCUCCUUGCCCUCACUGGACGACUCCAAGCAGAAGUGGACACAUGGGAGCCCAGGAGGCCCCGAGCUGUUCACACAUUGAUUGGGAAAAUCUCUUCACGGAAUCCCCGAGCCCCAAGGGACCUCAGCUGGAGUGUCGGGGCCAGAGUAAUUCUGCCUCAGAAUGGCGGGGGUCUCGGGAGCGGAACCCAGGCCUCCUGGGAGGUGGGGGAGCCUUCCCAAGAGUCCUCUGGCCUACUGAGUACCACUUCUUCCCCCUGAGCUUGCCCCUCCACCCCCCAGUUUUUCAGACUGGCUGCCAUUUUACCAGGCCUCACAGAUCCAUCCAGAAUCCACCUCUUCAAUCUCAGUGCCCGACUUUCUAUUUCUUCCUGUGGGCCUCGCCCUCCCCUCCCUUCCUCCUCACUUUGACCAAGGCUGUUGACCUCCUCAAGGGAGCUCCUCUCUGAGGAGGGAGUUCAGGGGACCCCUGACUAGAGGCCAUCUAGGUCUAGAUCCUCCAGAGAAGGAACAGCCCUCACCUGCCCACCCGCUCCUUGAGUUCCACUCCCUCCUCAGAACCCAGCUUUGGGGGAGCUGCUUAGAAGGGCCCCCAUGUUCCCUCCCCCCUAACCACAGCCCCAAGGUGUGAAGACAACAGCAGCUCAAAGCAGCCCCCAGCCUUCCUGCCUGGAGGAGGCCAGGGGUGUGGAAAGGAUACAGGUGCUCCUCUGCUCUUCACACCUCUGCCACAGGCCCGCCUGGAGCUGCUUCCUUCUGAGUAAUUUCCUUCCCUCCUGACCCCAGCCCAGCCUGCCUCUCUUCAGAGUCUGGGGGAGAGGGGAGGGGGAAGGGCAGGAAGGGGGGCCGGCUGCCUCCCUCCCCCCUUUCCUCUCCCAGGCUCAACUCUUAUCUCUGCCCAUCACCCCUGGAGGAAAUCACUGGCUGAGCAAAGCCCCUUCCUGAUUCUCUACCCGCUCGGUUGGGCAGGGCGACAGAGGCGAAUCCUUUGAUCUGGUCAGACCCUGGGUGCCAGUGGGGAGAAUGUCCAGACCCAGACACGGUCCCUGGACUGGGUUCCAGUUGUGCCUCUGCCACUGUUCCUGGGGGGCCUUUGACCCACUGGGCUCCCCCUGUUUCAUCGCCUAGCUGUCCGCUGCCAGCUCCCAGAACCCUCUCCAUCUCGGAUUCCUUCAGUGCCAGGGGCAGCAGAGGUUGCUCUAGGCUAAGCCUGGCUCAUGCCCUCCCUGAAGCCAAGCACUAUGGACACGUCAUCUCCUUUGAGGCCCACCACAGCCUCACCAGGCACAUCCCAGAGGGGUCAUCACCUCUAUCUUACAGACGAGGAAACCGAGGCAACGGCUCGCCUGGAACCAGCCCCAAGUUGGGGUGCGACCCGGGGUAAUGCCAGAUCCGAGGCCAGCCCUUGAGUCACCAGACCACACUGCCCCAUCGUGCCCUUCUCGGUCCCUGCCCCAGUCCCUGCUUCCUCUUCCUCGCAAGUCAUGCUCCUCUGAUGAGAGGGUCUAGAAGGCGGCUUCUGCUCAAUAUCUUCUUUAGAAAGAGGGAGGGGAUCACCACCAUUGGGUUUUGGACUUCCCGAGUGGAGCCCGAUGCCCAGCAUGCAGCAGAUGUCCCAGAAAUGUUGGUUCCUGCAUCAAUGCCCCCUCCUGCUAUUAGUCCCUGAAACGGAGGCUUCUCCUGGGGAUCACCUCCACUGGCCUUUGGGUUCUGGCCACCACGGAUCAUCUGGGCUGAAGCUUUCCUUCCAGAUGCACCAAGCCACGAAUUUCAGCCCUGGCCCAGAAGCAAUGCCCAUCACUCAUCAUGCCAAAGUAGCAGCAGCAGCAGCAGAGGUGCUGGCUGGUGGGAGGCAGAGAGCAGCACACAGCCUCCAACCCCUGGAGCCACUUUUGCCCAGGGCUGCUGAGCUCCAGGACAGCCAUCAUGUCUGCAGUCCCUUCCCAGCACCUUGUGCUGGAUGAUCUCGCCUUCCUGGAAAACAGCAGUUUUCCCUACGACUACCCAGAAAAUGAGUCGGCACCCUGCUGCUCCUCUCCACCCUGUGGCCAAGACAUCAUCCUGGCUUUCGACCAGGCCUUCCUGCCCGCCCUCUACGGCCUUCUCUUCUUCUUCGGCCUGCUGGGAAAUGGAGCCGUGGCGGCCGUCCUUGUGAGGCAGCGCCCAGCCCUGAGCAGCACCGACACCUUCCUGCUCCAUCUGGCUCUGGCUGACACACUGCUGGUGCUGACCCUCCCACUCUGGGCUGUGGAGGCUGCCCGGGAGUGGGUCUUCGGUUCUGGCCUCUGCAAGGUGGCAGGGGCCCUCUUCAAGAUCAAUUUCUACGCCGGGGCCUUCUUGUUGGCCUGCGUCAGCUUUGACCGCUACCUGAACAUCGUAUGUGCUGCCCGACUCUACCGGCGGGGCCCUGGGACACGUGUGACCCUCACGUGUGCUGGGGUCUGGGGACUCUGCCUGCCCUUGGCCUUGCCCGACUUGCUCUUCCUCUCAGCCCGGCAUGAGCCCCGCCUCAACGCCACGCGUUGCCUUUAUAGCUUCCCCCCCGCCGGUCACACGGCCCUGAGCAUCCUCCAGCUCCUGGCCGGUUUCCUCUUGCCUCUGCUCAUCAUGGCCUACUGUUACACUCGCAUCCUCCUGGUGUUGUUGGGCUCUCGGGGACAGCGAAGGCUUCGGGCCAUGCGGGUCGUAGUCACCGUGGUGGUGGCCUUUGUCCUCUGCUGGACACCCUACCACCUGACUACGCUGCUGGACAUCCUCCUCGACCUGAGGGUCGUGAGCCGGGACUGCGACUGGGAGAGCCGGCUGGACGUGGCCAAGUCCGUGGCUUCGGGCCUGGGAUUCGUGCACUGCUGCCUCAACCCCCUGCUCUACGCCUUCGUGGGGGCCAAGUUCCGAGACCGGAUGUGGACCCUGCUGGUGAGACUGGGCUGCCCGGGCCGGAAGGCGCUCCUCCGGCCCACCCCAGCAUCUUCUCGGAGAGGUUCCUCUUGGUCUGAGACCACGGAGGCCUCCUAUUCGGGCCUGUAAAGAUGAAGAGCCCGGCUUCGCUUCUCACCGCCUUCCCCUAGUCUACCCCAUUUCUCCACAGAUGCCAGCCUGUCCCCUUCAAGGCCUCCGGCACGAGGUGCGGGGCAGCACUUCUUCCCGGGGGCCAUGGACAUGGAUGACAACCAGGACCUCUUGCUUUGCACUGGCCUCUAAAUGACAUUUAGCUGUUCCGAGGACUUUCCCCAAGCCACCAAAGGGCUCCGGGAGCCGAGGUGGAGAAGCCCCGGGUGAUGCGCGUGAGUGCCCGGAGUGGUGGAACAGCUUGUGCCAGUGGCCAUGGCUCAGGGUGGAGCCCCAGAGAGAAGGCUGGAGCUAGCCUAGCUUUAAGCUCUAUGGCCAGGACAGGAGAGUGAGCCCAGACUCCAGGAGGUGAAGGCCCAGAAAGGCCCUGAGCCCAAGAACCAGACCCUGCAGGCCCCGUGCCCAGAAACAGUAACAAAGGAAAACAAAUAAAAAUGACUUCCCCGA